CAGAUAAUAAUCGACUCUCUCCAUUAUCUGAGCCAGUUUGGACCCCUCCACCUGAUUCCUCUAGACCAGUUCACCUUUAAUGUGUUGAGUAGUGUUCCCAAGGAUGUUCUGUGUUCAUGGCUGACCAGUCAGGUGAAUGGAGGACCUCCCACAUCUGGAGUGGAUCCCUCCCAGAACAAGGGACAAUGGCAACAUUUACUUUGGAGAACGCCACCCUCUGCAUGUCCGAACCAGCCCAACACAGCUCCAGCCACCAUCCAGACAAACUCCAGCUAUGGACAAGAUCCAGAUGACUUAAUGGACUGGACAGAGGGCCCCCAGAAGGAUAAGAACAAAAUUGGUCAAUGGAAGAAUAAAUACCCCUGUCGUCAGGUUGAGGAACCUAUGGAAGUUGAUGUGGUGGACAACAAACAUUUACUUUGGAAUAGGCCUCCCUCUGUGCAUCAGAACCAACCCAACACAGCUCCAGCCGCCAUCCAGAAAAAGUCCUGCUAUGGACAGGUUCAAGAUGACUUCAUGGACUGGACAGAGGGCCCCCAGACGGAUAAUCAGAAAAUUGGUCAAUGGAAGAAUAAAUACCCCUGUCGUCAGGUUGAGGAACCUAUGGAAGUUGAUGUUGUGGACAACAAACAUUUACUUUGGAAUAGGCCUCCCUCUGUGCAUCAGAACCAACCCAACACAGCUCCAGCCGCCAUCCAGAAAACGUCCUGCUAUGGACAGGUUCAAGAUGACUUCAUGGACUGGACAGAGGGCCCCCAGACGGAUAAUCAGAAAAUUGGUCAAUGGAAGAAUAAAUACCCCUGUCGUCAGGUUGAGGAACCUAUGGAAGUUGAUGUUGUGGACAACAAACAUUUACUUUGGAAUAGGCCUCCCUCUGUGCAUCAGAACCAACCCAACACAGCUCCAGCCGCCAUCCAGAAAACGUCCUGCUAUGGACAGGUUCAAGAUGACUUCAUGGACUGGACAGAGGGCCCCCAGACGGAUAAUCAGAAAAUUGGUCAAUGGAAGAAUAAAUACCCCUGUCGUCAGGUUGAGGAACCUAUGGAAGUUGAUGUUGUGGACAACAAACAUUUACUUUGGAAUAGGCCUCCCUCUGUGCAUCAGAACCAACCCAACACAGCUCCAGCCGCCAUCCAGAAAAAGUCCUGCUAUGGACAGGUUCAAGAUGACUUCAUGGACUGGACAGAGGGCCCCCAGACGGAUAAUCAGAAAAUUGGUCAAUGGAAGAAUAAAUACCCCUGUCGUCAGGUUGAGCAACCUAUGGAUGUAGAUGUCGUGGAGAACAAACAUUUACUUCCAAAUAGGCCUCUCUCUGCACUUCACAACCAGCUCAACACAGCUCCAGCCGCCAUCCAGAAAAAGUCCUGUUAUGGACAAGAUCAAGAUUACUUCAUGGACUGGACAGAGGGCCCCCAGAAGGAUAAGAAAAAAAUCGGUCUAUGGAAGAAUAAAUACCCCUGUAGUCAGGUUGAGCAACCUAUGGACGUUGAUGUUGUGGAAAACAAACAUCUACCUCCAAAUAGGCCUCUCUCUGCAAGUCAGAACCAGCCCAACACAGCUCCAGCUGCCAUCCAGAAAAAGUCCUGCUAUGGACAAGAUCAAGAUGACUUCAUGGACUGGACAGAGGGCCCCCAGAAGGAUAAUAUGAAAAUCGGUCUAUGGAAGAAUAAAUACCCCUGUCGUCAGGUUGAGCAACCUAUGGAUAUUGAUGUGGACAACAAUCAAUCAACAUUAAGUAGCAAAAACACAGUGCAUCCAAGCCAAUCAGCUGGUACGACCAAAAUAACCGUCCGGCGCCGCUCAUCAAAAGCAGCUACUCGUUGGUCAUUCUCACGUCAGAACAAAGUGAAAUGUUGGCCAUACAGCUAGACAACCCGUAUCCAGGCAACC